GGCAUCCAGUCUCCCCGCGAGCUCCCCGGUGGUCCGCAGCCCGGUACCCCACCAACCACCUGGGCCCCCGGACCUAGUCCCCGCCACAGGAUCUCUGCGGGAGCUCCCCUUGCCCCCCCGACCGCCCCGCCCUCGGCCCCGGCAGAGAGGCCCCCAGCCCGACGGCAUGGAGCAGGAGGAGGGUCCCGAGUUCGGCAAACAGGACUUCGUCCUCCUGGACCGGGUCACGAUGGACGACUUCAUGGAGAACCUGAAGCUCAGGUUCGACAAGGGCCGGAUCUACACCUACAUCGGGGAGGUGGUCGUUUCGGUCAACCCCUACCGGGAGCUGCCCCUCUACGGGCCGGAGGUCAUCGCCCGCUACCAGGGCCGGGAACUCUACGAGCGGCCCCCGCACCUCUACGCCGUGGCCGACGCCGCCUACAAGGCCAUGAAGCGCAGAGCCAAGGACACCUGUAUCGUCAUCUCAGGGGAGAGCGGGGCCGGGAAGACGGAAGCCAGCAAACACAUCAUGCAGUACAUCGCGGCCAUCACCAAUCCCAGCCAGAGGGCCGAGGUCGAGAGGGUGAAGGACGUCUUGCUGAAAUCCACCUGCGUGCUCGAAGCCUUUGGAAACGCCCGCACCAACCGCAACCAUAACUCCAGCCGCUUCGGCAAGUACAUGGACAUCAACUUCGACUUCAAAGGUGACCCCACGGGCGGACACAUCCACAGCUAUCUGCUGGAGAAGUCACGGGUCCUCAAGCAGCACGAGGGGGAGAGGAACUUCCACUCCUUCUACCAGCUCCUGCAAGGGGCCAGCGAUGAUCUGCUGAGAUCCCUGCACCUGCAGAGAGACCCGGCCCUGUACAACUUCACCCGCCAGGGCGCCCAGCUCGGCACUUCAGACAGCGACGAAGUCAACCACCGAGCCGUGGCCCAGGCCAUGAAGGUCAUCGGCUUCAGCCCGGAGGAGGUGACCUCUAUCCACAGGAUCCUAGCCGCCAUCCUCCAUCUGGGCAACGUCCAGUUUCUGGAGACGGAGGAGGGUCUGGCGGUGGUGGACGAGGGCCCGGUGGAGCAGGUGGCGGAGCUGACGGCCACGAGCCGGGACCUGGUGCUCCGCUCCCUCCUGGCCCGCACCGUGGCCUCGGGGGGCCGCGAACUCAUCCAGAAGGGGCACAGCGCCUCCGAGGCCGGCUACGCCAGGGACGCCUGUGCCAAGGCAGUGUAUGAGCGUCUGUUCGGCUGGAUCGUGGGGCGGAUCAAUAAGGUGAUGGAGGCCCAGGGCCGGGACCCCCGGAGAGACGGCAAGGACACGGUCAUCGGGGUCCUGGACAUCUACGGCUUCGAGGUCUUCCCCGACAACAGCUUCGAGCAGCUCUGCAUCAAUUACUGCAACGAGAAACUGCAGCAGCUGUUCAUCCAACUCAUACUGAAACAGGAGCAGGAGGAAUACGAGCGAGAGGGAAUCGCCUGGCAGAACAUCGACUAUUUCAACAACGCGGCCAUCGUGGAGCUGGUGGAGAGGCCUCACCGUGGGGUGUUGGCCGUGCUGGACGAAGCCUGUGCCACCGUGGGCACCGUCACCGAUCGCCUCUUCCUGCAGAGCCUGGACGCUCACCACCGGCACCACCCCCACUACAGCAGCCGUCAGCUCUGCCCCAUGGAUAAGACCCUGGAGUUUGGCCGGGACUUCCUCAUUAAGCACUACGCUGGAGAUGUCACGUACUCUGUGGAGGGCUUCAUCGACAAGAAUAAAGACUCACUCUUCCAAGACUUUAAGCGGCUGCUUUACAACAGCACAGACCCCGUCCUGAAGUCCAUGUGGCUGGACGGGCAGCAGGACAUCACGGAGGUGACCAAGCGCCCUCUGACUGCCGGGACCCUCUUCAAGAACUCCAUGGUGGCACUGGUGGAGAACCUGGCAUCCAAGGAGCCGUACUACGUUCGCUGCGUGAAGCCCAACGAGGAGAAGGCGCCCGGUCAAAUGGACGAAGUCCGCUGUCGCCACCAGGUUUCUUACCUGGGGCUGCUGGAGAACGUGCGUGUCCGCAGGGCCGGCUUCGCCUCACGCCAGCCUUACUCCCGCUUCCUGCUCAGGUACAAGAUGACCUGCGAGUACACGUGGCCCAACCACCUGCUGGGCUCAGACCGGGCGGCCGUGGAGGCCCUCCUGGAGCAGCACGGGCUGCAGGAGGACGUGGCCUUCGGGCACACCAAGCUCUUCAUCCGCUCUCCGCGCACCCUGGUCGGCCUGGAGCAGAGCCGGGCGAGGCUCAUCCCCAUCAUCGUGCUGCUCCUGCAGAAGGCCUGGCGGGGCACGCUGGCGCGGCGCCGGUGCCGGAGGAUGCGAGCCGUCUACACCAUCAUGCGCUGCUUCCGGCGCCACAAGGUCCGGGCCCACCUCGUCGAGCUGCAGCGCCUCUUCCAGGAAGCCCGCCAGCCGCCCCUUUACGGACGCGACAUCGUCUGGCCCCCGCCCCCCGCCGUCCUCCAGCCCUUUCAGGACACCUGCCACGGGCUGUUUCGCAGGUGGCGGGCCCGGCAGCUGGUGAAGAACAUCCCCCCGUCCGACAUGGCCCAGAUCAAGGCCAAGGUGGCGGCCCUGGGGGCGCUGCAGGGCCUGCGCCAGGACUGGGGCUGCCAGCGGGCAUGGAUGCGGGACUACUUGUCUUCGGUGACGGACAACCCCCAGGCGGCAACCCCUUUUGCGCAGAGGCUAAAGAGACUGAAGGAGAAGGACGGCUUUGGGGCCGUGCUCUUCUCCGGCCACGUCCGCAAGGUGAAUCGUUUCAACAAGAUCCGGGACCGGGCCCUGCUGCUGACCGACCGGCACCUGUACAAGCUGGAGCCCAGCAAGCAGUACCGGGUCAUGCGAGCAGUGCCCCUCAGCAGCGUGACGGGCGUGAGCGUGACGAGCGGGCGGGACCAGCUGGUGGUGCUCCAUGCCCGGGGCCUGGACGACCUCGUGGUGUGUCUACAUCGCACCCAGCCCGAGCUCGACAACCGCAUCGGGGAGCUGGUGGGAGUGCUGGUCGGGCACUGCCAGGGAGCGGGGCAGGCCCUGGAGGUGCGGGUUUCCGACUGCAUCACCCUGAGCCAGCGGGGGUGCCGCCGCCUGGUUACCGUGGAGCUGCAGCCCACCCAGCCCGUCCCCGACUUCCGCCGCAGCCGAGACGGUUUCGUCCUGCUCUGGCCGAGCCGCUGAGCCAGGGCGUUGCCCGAUCCUUGGUACGGGCCAGCCUG